AUGAAACAGAAAAACUUUGAAAGAAUAAUCCUAAAUGAAGCCUUAAGUUCUAACUGUGCCUGCCUUUAUGAUGAAAUCAAGAAUGGUAAAUAUUUGAAGAGACUGAUAAAUAAAUUAUUUCUAAGUAUCUGCUAUGAUGUUAAUGCAAUGGAACAAGAAUCUUUCGUAACGCUGAAAAUGACGAUUUUAUUUGAAGGCAGAUUUUAA